AUGCCCGAUGACAGUUUGCCGACGUCACCGGCGCCUCAAACGUCCAAGCGACCCGCGGUCCUUUCUUCAAAGUCGACAGGGUUCGCCACAGGCAUAAAUGCCCCUCCAGGUCAUGCGAUCCGCCGUGCGAAGACGAUGGACGAAGGUCCAUCGACGCGACGAAAGUCUCAUACAAGCCGAUCGGAAGCGUCGUUUGACGGUCUCCCUCCUGGUCUGCCUCGUCGAAGUUCCAACUUCUCCGACUAUAGCCUGAGCGAGGCACGCGAUAUCCUGAACCCAAGAGCACAGUCUGGUCAAGAGCUGCCGGCCCCAGAGUCGUCAUCGUUGGCUUCAUUGUCACUGGCAUUUGCUUUGCUCCCAGCCAUUGCGGGGGCUCUAUUCAAAAAUGGCCAUUCCGUCGUAACAGAUGUCAUGCUUUUGGGCUUGUCUGGGGUAUUUUUGCAUUGGUCUGUGACCCAACCAUGGGCCUGGUAUCAUGCCGCGCAGCAAGUUCGCAUACAGCGGGAAUCAGACACGGAAAUUGCUGUGGAGGAAGACAUCGAUGAUGAUGCAUCACCACAUGUCCCUCACAAAUCCACCGAUCUGGAUGAUGUUCCAGAGGAGGAUGAAGAUAUCCCCAAGCAAAAUGGUUCGGCGACAACACGGAAUAGAAAUUCAGCAAAAGCUGGUGGCGCAACAUCGCAACAACAAGCAGCUCUGCGAGAGCUAUACAUACACGAAAUCCUCUCACUGUUGUCAUGCUUCGUUCUGCCCCUUGUGAGCGCAUAUCUGCUACAUUCUAUCCGGACACAACUCAGUCGACCCUCGGAAGGUCUCGUUUCGAAUUACAACCUAACCAUCUUUCUUCUGGCGUCAGAGCUUCGAGCUUUCUCUCAUGCCCUCAAAUUAGUACAAUCCAGGACUCUCCACCUGCAGAGAGUCAUUCACGGGAAUCCUUUUGCGUCGCCGACGCAAACUGGCGCCCAGAUUGAGGAAAUGCUCGAACGGUUGAGCAGGCUCGAAGCCCGGUCUCUGGCGGACGAAUUCGUUCGGGAGCAUAACGACAGCUUGAGUCCCGCGCAGGCAGAGGAGAAGGCCAGCUUGGCACGAGAUGUCCGUAAUGCCAUUCAACCAGAGCUCGACGCCCUCAACCGCGCCGUCCGUCGAUACGAAAAGAAAGCAACCAUGCUUCAAUAUCAGACAGAUUCUCGAUUCUUGGCGCUUGAUUCACGAAUGGACGAUGCAAUUGCACUGGCCGCAGUCGCAGCUAAAAACAGCAGCUCGAAGAACGUUUUCGUCAGAACAACCGAGUCUCUUGUCGGAAUUGUCCUAUUCCCCUUCAAUGCCAUUCUCCAAGUCGUCAUGCUACCACUUCGCUCGCUCCUCGUUUUACUCAACUUCGGCAAAAAGCCUCCUGUCACUACAAAACACAACCGCACCACCAGGACGGCGAAACAGGCUUCACCGAGAUAUAACGGCGACAGAGUGCCUCCUCGAGUCAUGAAGAGAUGA